AUGUACGUCAUGGGCGGGCGACUGGCCAAUCGCACGCACGCCAACGACGUCUGGCUGUGCGACCUUUCCGCUUGCGAAGACGUCGCCGGACCCACUUGCGACGGCAGCGAGACGGGUUGCAAAGCGGGAGCGGGACGAAGUGGGGUAGGAGGAGCGGAGGGAGGAGGGGCAGUCCGGUGGGAGUUGAUUAACGAGCACGCGCCGUUCUCCCCGCGAGCCUAUCACAGCGCGACACUUGUCGGCGAGUGUGAGAUCUGGGUGGUGGGCGGCAGCGACGAGCGCGCCGUGAAGCACGACGUGUUCGCCUUCAACACGCGCACCCGUGAGUGGAGGCAGGUUCAGACACGUGGCAGGUAUGCAGAGUACCCACGUGUCACACAUGCUGCCAUGGUUCAUCCACAGCAUGCCACGUGGCUGCUCAUCCACGGGGGAUACGGUGGCAACGGACCCACGCUCGAGUUCCUCGAUGAUCUCUGCGUACUCGAUACAGAGUCGCUGACCUGGCAUGACGUGCGCCCCUCAGGCUGCCCGCCCUCUGCCCGCGGCUACCACUCCAUGACAAACCUUGCCAGCCGCGCAGUAGUCUUUGGGGGGAAGACCAAGCAGCGGGCCGACAAGGAGCAGCACGGCCUCUGGGUAUACGACCCGCUGUCCAACGCGUGGGAGCAGCCUACAGUGGCAGCAGGGGGGGCACAGGCACAGCCGCGGUCCAAUCACGCGGCGACAGGUGUCGGGGGCGGGAUGGCGGUGGUGCAUGGGGGGCGUGUGAAGAAGGAGCGCCUGGACGACCUCUGGCUGCUGCAGGCCAUGGCCCCGCCACACAACACACCGCCAUCUCCCCCAUCCGCGCAUCUCUCUGCACCCAUCUCUCUCGCCUGGCACCGCAUCGCCACUCUCCCCUCGUCCGCGCCCAUGCCCGCCGUGCCUCUGCAUGUGGGCGAGGGGGGAAUGGCGGAGACGGGUGGGCGGGGAGGGGGGCAGAAGGACCAGCAGGGAGGGCAGCACACUCCGUGGUGCACUGGGGGCGGUCGCUCUUCCUUUUUGGCGGCUAUGGUGGCAACGACCACUCAUACGCCGACCUAUUUGCCCUUCGGAACCUUCCUGCCGCCUUCCCAACAACAGCCAGCCAAUCACCUGGAGGAAGUGGAGGAGGAGGAGGAGGAGGAGGAGGAGGAGGAGGAGGAGGAGGAGGAGGAGGAGGAGGAGGAGGAGGAGGAGGAGGAGGAGGAGGAGGAGGAGGAGGAGGAGGAGGAGGAGGAGGAGGAGGAGGAGGAGGGGCAAGAGGAGCGGGGGGAGGAGGGGUCUGGGGAGGUGAGAGAGAGGGAGGCAGGUGAGGAGGGAGAGGGAGGCGACGAGGGGAGGGGAGGGAAUGUGAGGGGGAUGGGAUUGGGAUUGAGGGGAGAGGUGGAGGGAGCAGCAGCGGCAAGGGUUGGGACAGGGAAGUGGGUUGGAGCUGUUAACAUUGGUAGGGUGGGUUUGGGUGUGGAUAGAGAAGGAGGCUUGGAUUCCGAGGCGUCAGGUUCGGAAACAGGUCCGGUGGGUGGGGAUGAGAGGGAGAGUGUGGCAAAGAGAAGGAGGAUGGAUCUAGACCAAGCUGCUGCUGCUGUUGCUGCUGCUGCUGGUGCGGCUGCUGGUGCUGCUGCUGCUGCUGGGGAGAGGAGAGAUGGGGAGGAGGGACACUUGAGGGGAGGGAGGGGAAGGGGGGAAGGGGGUAGAGGCGCAGAGAUGGCGACAGGGGGGGCAGCUGUGGCUGCAAGGGGAGAUGGGGGCGGAGGCGGGGAGGUGGAACGAGGGGGGAUGACCUGGGGAACAUUGGGGGGAACGUUGGGGGAAACGUUGGGGGGAACGCUGGGGGGAACACUGGGGAAAGCGGUAAGGAGUGUGCUUGGUAGGGAGAAGAGAGUGGGAUGGGGGGAAGUGCGGGGUUGUGAGGGGGAGAGGCUAGGAGACAGUGGCGCAGAGAGGAGGGGAGGCGGGGAAGGCGGGGGGGAGGGCGAAUGGGGAUGCAUGGACAUGCGUGAGGGGCGGGUUGGGGUAGGGCAAGUGGCAGGCGAGAGGGCGGGAGGUCAUGAGCAGGGGGGGGAACAAGUGGGGAAGGAGGGGGGUGAGCAUGGGGAGGUGAGAUUAGGCAGAGUGGGGGGGAGUUAUAGGGAUGGUGCUACGAUGAGAGUAGGGGAUGGGGUGUUGGAAGGGAGAGGGGUAGCAGGUGGGGCGAUGGGGGCGGAAGAGAGGGGCAACUGGCGCACAGGCAGGGCAGGGGCGGUUGGGGUGGAGCGGUGUGGUGGAAGCAGGGGGAGGGCGGGAGAGGAGGGGAGAGAAGUGGUGACGGAGCGAGUGGGGGAAGCGCAAGGGAUAGAGAUGGAUGGGGUGAGAGAAGUGGCAGGAGCAAAGGCUGUGCAUGGCGUGCGGGCGAUGGGAAUGGAGAUGCGGACGGAGAUGGAGCAGCGGCUGGCAUUGCUGGAGCGAGACGCGGUGGUGCAGGCAGCCAUGGAGCAGCAGAUUCGGGCCCUCACACACGAGCUUGCAGCAGCCAGAGCAGAGGGGGUAGCAGCGAGGGCGGAAGCGGCAUCAGCGAGGGCAGAGGGCGAGGCGGAGAGGAGGAGGAGGGAGAGGUGUGAGAAGGAGCUGGCAGCAGCACAGGCGGACGGGGCAGCAGCAGCGAGAGCGCGCGAGAUGGCAGCAAGGGCCACGGUGGAACGGAUUCAGCAGGAGCUGGUGGCAGCCAGCGCAGAGGGCGAGGCGGCGAGAGAGUUAGUGCAGAGGUGCGAGGGUGAGUUGGCAGCAGCGCGGGCAGAGGGCGAGGCGGCGAGGGCAGCAGCGAAGGAGGAGGCGGUGCAGAGGGCAGCAGCGAAGGAGGAGGCGGUGCAGAGGGCAGCGGCAGAGAGGGAGCUGCGUGGCGCCGUGGACUGUUUGGAGGCUGAGCUGGCUCGUGCCAAGGCGCAGGGUGAGGCGGAGUGGCGGCAGGGGCAGGCAGAGAGGCGGAAGGCGGAGGAGCAGCAGCAGCGGGCGUGUGAGCUGGAGAGGCGCGUGGGGGAGGGCGAGGCGAGAAUGAAGCAGCUAGAGGCGCAACUAGCGCAAGCUGAUGCUGAGGCUCGAGAAGCAACGAGGUAA